UAUCGAUAUAUUGAAUUUAACAUCCCUAGGAGGAUCGAAGAAAAUUUGUUUCGGGAGAAAAUUUUGCUAAAUUGCUUUACAAAAUGUUUCCCGGUGGAAACGCUAAUGCGGAUGUUGGCUACAACAAACGCAACCACAAUCAGUUCAUGGCCCAGCUGCCUCCGCCGCCACCGUCACACUUUGUCCCCGCGGCAGCCGUCGCGAAUCCCUUGGUGGCCACUGGGCUUCCUUUGACCAUCGAUUGGGCCCAGCUCGCCCAGCAAUGGAUACAUAUGCGGGACACUACUCCGGCUGGGGUCGCUAUGCCCAUGGCACCGCCGCCGCCCCCCAUAAUUGGCAAUGUGUCUGGGUAUCAGCAGCAGCAGAUGCCGACGCUGGCCGUGCGACCGCUGGCGACCACCACGAAGAUAACACGUUUUGAGGAGCACGGCGAGGCUGACAUGGACAUGGACGAUGACAAUGAGCGAGGACAUGGCAGUGAAACGCCCCCGCCCGCUCCUUCCGUUACGCAAUCGCAGUGGCUAGGACUCAGCGAAACAACAACCAAUGCGGCAGUAGCUGCCUCCAGCAUUACGGGCAAGCCGCCAUGGAGCCAGUGGCCUAACAAGACGGGCAAUGCCUCUGCCAAUCGUACAGCGCAUAUUCCCUCGUUGCUCAAGAUCAACGUGAGCAAUCCCAAUGAGCCGCAUCAACAGCUGCAGGCACAUAAUCAAAAUCAGCAGCCGCCACAGCAACCACCACAAGCACAUCAACAUCCACAUCCACAUCAACAUGCUCACCAACAUGAGCUGCAGCCGCUGCCAGAGAGCAGCAGCAGUGGCAGCAUCAGUGCCAGCAGUGAAAUAGAUGCCAACAAACGGAAAAUGUUGCCAGCUUGGAUAAGAGAGGGUCUGGAGAAAAUGGAGCGCGAAAAGCAGCGACAGAUGGAACGCCAGCAUUCCACGGGUGCUGAUGCUGAGGUACUACUCCAAGCUACAAGCAAUGUUAAGCAAGUAUCUAGCAAAACACUAACAACACCUGUUAAUCCAUUGAACAUCGCGAAUGUGGCCAGCGACAGCGAAGAUUCCAAUGCUGGGGAGGAGGAGGCGGCGCACACAAAAGCAUCAGUGGAACCGAAAAUACUCGUAGGUAAAGAUAUAUUGAAUAAGGCUGGCUACAAAAGCAGCAGCACCAGCGGCGAUGAUGAGCAGGAGGAGAAUGAGAAGGCGGCGGACAACAAAUUCGAGUCUCUGGCGGAUGCGGAAAAGGCAGACGGUGUGACAGGGGCAGCAGAAGCCCCUGGCAAUGGUAAAAACUACGAAGAAAGACUCGCGGAUCUGAUGCUUUUGGUGCGUCGCACAUUAACCGAAAUACUGCUGGAAACGACAAACGAAGAGAUUGCAGCCAUUGCAGCAGAAACAUUAAAAGCGCAUCGCGCUAAAGCAUCAUCAGCCCAAGUGAUUCGCAAAAGCGCCUUGUCCUCCAUUACCGGCAAUCUGGGUUUAGCAGCCUAUGGCGAUUCUUCCAGCGAAAGCGAUGAGGAUGAGGAAGAUGAGGAAGGCGCGCGCAAUGCAGAAGCAGCAAAGGAUCCUGAUAAAAGCGUACAGCUCAGCGCGGAGGAGUUGAAGGCUCGCAUACGACGUAGCAAACGAGCGUUUGAAAGAGUCAUUGAUGACAUUGAGGAUCGCGUGGCCAAGCAGGAGCAGCGCGAUGAGCAGACACUGCAGAGACAUCGCAAGCAGGAACGAGAACGUUCAGAUGCUGACAAGGAAAGGCGACGUACCCAUAGUAAUCCUGAACCGCCUGGGGAGACAACUGCUAAACAUCCCACCCACCACGAUAAGCUGCUCCAGUUUAAUGGCAAACGGGCGAGUCGCAAGGAGCGCACCACUCGCUUCAGCGACAAUAAGGAUGGUAAAAGCUCGACGGCAAACUACGCCCAAAUAGUCGCCAGUGCGCCUGUGAGCUCUAGCUCGGUGCUUACCAAGAUGAAGCCUGUCCCCAAUUUGGCCACCAAUCUGCUACAGAUGCCGGAGGCAGUGGCCUGCAUGCUGAGUGCUGCAGAGAAGGCCCUCAACAAGGCCAACAAAUCGUCACGAAAGUCAAAGAGCAAGCGGCACCGCUCGUCGACAUCGUCUUCCUCUAGCAGCACGAGCAGCAGUAGCUCUAACAGCGACAGCGAUGACAGCCACAGCAUCUCCGGCAGUUCCAAAACUUCCAGCAGUCGCGGCAAGAGCAGCAGCAGCCGCCGGACAACAAGCAGUCGCCGUGAUCAACGCGAUCGUGCUGGCGGCGGCAGCAGCAGUAGUCGGAGUAAAUACGAGCGCCGCGAUCAUGAGAGGGAACGAGAGCGACGUCCCCGGCGCAAUCGGACCCAUUACAUCGGUGGCAGGCGGAACAGCAGUAGCCAACAGCAUCAUCAGCGACGGACUCGUGAAUCGAGCCACUCUGGCGAUGACGAUGCUCGACGCUCCUCGCGGCACAGCAGCACUCGCAGCAGCCAUGCCAGCGGCUAUGACCAUAGACAUCGCUCUAGAUCCCGAUCGAAAUCGCGUAGCACUCACCACUCCAACUCGUAUUCCUCCUCUUCCGCGUCGCAUCAGCGCAAGCGCCACUAAAAAUACAACUACUUGCAACUAUUAAUUGUUAAAUGUACAUUUUCUCUAAUUUCUUCUUCAGUUUUAAAUGAUUUUAGUUGUCAACAGCUUUUACUCAACCUAAUAAAAAGAUAUUAAUCAAUGCUUAAACU